GCAUAAAUUAACAGUUACGGCCUGCAUAAACCAGCCUUUAAUCUUCUUAAAUAUAAUCUUACAUAUGUAUAGAAUUCAGUGGCAUCCUCAAACUUUGUUCUGAUGAUGUUUUAUCCAAUUGAACUACUCACUUAUCCACGAAAAGCUGACCUAGCUGUUUGUUGGUUUGCUGCAACAAUGAGCGAGAAAUUAUUUAAGAAACGCUAUAAACAAGUCACUAUAAACAAGAUAGAUAUUAUAAAAAUUUGCGAAGAGAUUCUGCAAAUAAUAUGUGAUGGAAAUGGUAGAAAUGGCAAGCAGAGAUACAGCUUAUAUCUGUCAUCGCAUUUAAUGUAUGGUAUAACAAAACUCCAGUCAUAUCAGACUAUGUAUUUUGAAAAGGAAGUUCUUGAAAUGCAGGAAAAACUUGAUGUUGCGCUACAGAAGAAAAAAAGAGCUAACGAUGCAAUAGAGAAUCUUGACAUUUGUCCAUUUGAGCUAUCUUUGGUGAAAAAAGGUAAUCCUCAAUUAGAUGCAAAUUUGCAUCUGCUUCUAGACCAAAAUCUAGAUCAUGGAUUACACAUGAGAAUGGAGAAUGCAAUAUGUCAAAAUUUUGGGGCUUUGACUAAUGAAGAGUUAGAUAUGAUGCUCGAGCAUGAUAUGAUACCUAAUCUGGAGAAAGGAUUGUGGAUCAGCCACGAGAAAGAGUGCACAGAGAUGAUCAAUGAUGUAGAGAUUCCAGAAGAUGAAGAAGUUCAUCAAGAAAGACACUCGUCUCAGACAAUUCGCAGUCCAGUAGUUGUGGAUAUAUCUAAAACAAAAGCUAAAUCCAAAGAAUUAUCUUUGACUCCACAAAAACGAGUGCCACAAGAUCAACCGCAAGUAGAAACCCCUACAAAGAGGAGACGUCUAUCUUUUAAGGUGGUUUCGCCUUUUAUAGAAGAUAUAACAGUUGAAGGGAUAAGUGCGCCAAUAUCUCCACAGCAAAUAGAAUCACAACUGCAACCUUUAGAUUCUGAAUUCUUUGUAAUUAAAAAAUCGAAAAAGAUGAUCGAUAAGAAAAUCAGUUUGAAAGAUGAGCUGUUUCGACAGCGGUGUCAGAAUGUGAAUUAUAAUUGCAGACAAUCCGAUAUAGUGCAAAUACAUCGCUUCACAUCAGCGAAAAUGAUUUUAAAGCAACCUUCGCAUUGGGAUCAUAAGCAAUGGGCAGCCAAUUUAUAUGAUCUUUUUAAGAAACAUACCACCAGAUUAUUCAGAUUGAGCACAGAUGAAAACAUUGUGCCUAUUGAACUGAUGCAAAGUAAAUUUAUAUUUAGACAUUUAUUAAAUAUCAUUGUAUUGUAUUAUUGUGAGAAUAAAUUUUUAUAUGCACCUUUAUUUUUAGCCGAAGAACCGUUGCGUGCAGGGGAGAUGACAAGCAGGCUAAAUCUUCCUACAGAAUUAAGCGCAUUCGGACAAGACGCUACGAUUGCAGCUGAUGGUUCUGCUUUAGGCAGCAUUGCGAACAUUGUUCCAAUGAUGAAUCUUUAUUCCAAUGACCAAGAUUUUGCUCGUGAAGCAUUAGCGAUACCACUACCAGAAACAGCACCGGAUAUGAUCAUUUCAGAAACAGGCAUAAAAGAUAUCGCUGAGCGCAAGCAGAAGAAAAUAACGGAUAUAAACGAGGUUGAUGAAACGUUAGAAGAUAUAACAACUUUAAUGGAGAGACAACAUUUGAAAAAAAAUGAUCACAUUCUGGAAUCUCCUGUUCGCUCAAUCGAAAUUUCGCAAGCUGUAUCUCUGACAAGUCAUGACAUUUUGGCUAUGUUAGAGGUUUUAUGGUACGAUCAGGAAUGUAUUAAGUUUGAUGACUUCAUAUCCGACACAUACUCGCCCGAAGAUAUUACUACAGCUUUCUUGAUUCUGCUCGUUUCAUUACAAUGUAUAGCGACGGUGCACGUCACUUAAAACAUCCGGUAUACACAAACGAACUUGCAAUUUUCGAGGGUUCAACUGGUCUCAACUACUUGGUGCUUAACAUGCCUGGUUUACGGAGACUCGUGUCGAUACCUAGCGAGCAUAGAUU